AUGGCCCGUGGAGUGUUCGGCUUGGCAUUGGUCGCCUUUGGACUUCUGUCCUUGAACCGCUAUUGGUCCGCGGUGGAUUUCGUUGGGCAGGUGACUCCGAGGCCUCGAGCCGAGAAGGUGGUGCGAUGUGCCGGAGACAAGGCCCUGAAGGACCGAUGGAAUUCGGUCGGAAAGACGGGAAAGCUGACCGAUGCCAUGCGGCUGGUGGCCGCUGCCAAGGUGCGCUCCGCCCAGACGGGAGUGGAGAAGGCGCGACCCUUCAGUGAUGAACUGCUGUCCAUGAUCAAGGGAUUGGUGAAGAAAUUGAAGGGCACCGGUUUGGAAGCUGAUCUGCCUAUGUUGCGGGUCCCCGAGAAGGUCACCAACAUCGGUAUCCUGAUGAUCACCGGUCAGCGUGGUUUGUGCGGCCCCUACAACGCCUUCGUGAUCAAAAAGGUGCAGGCGCGUAUUCUGGACCUCAACGCCCAAGGCCUUACCCCGAAGCUCUUCGUGGUGGGGCGCAAGGGCAUCCAGGCGCUGACCACUCGGCUGCAGGCGGACAAGUACACCUACAACUACACCGAGGAGUUCUGGCCCAUGCCGGACACCAUCAAGGCCAAGGACUCUACGGCCAUUGCUGAGACGUUGGAGAACUACUUCCUGUCAGGUGAGGUGGACAAGAUCGAGAUCGCCUACUCCAGGUUCAUCAAUCUGAUCAACAACGAGCCAACCAUUCGCACCUUGCUCCCCCUGUCCCCUACCGGCAUGGAGGAUCCAGAGGAUGAGACCUUCAAGCUGACCACAGAGGGCGGCAAGUUGAAGGUGGAGAAGGAGAAGGUGAAGGCGGCGAAAGCCAAGGAGAUCGAGGCGGAUGUGAUCUUUGAUCAGCCACCACAGGUGCUCCUGAAUUCCAUGCUGCCGUUGUACCUGAACUCCCAGCUGCUGUCGCUGCUCUUCGACGCCCAGGCCUCUGAGCUCUCCUCGCGGAUGUCCGCGAUGAAGGCGGCCACGGACAACGCCAAGGAGCUGCAGAAGAAGCUGCUGCUGUUGUACAACAAGAAGCGUCAGGCCGCCAUCACGGCCGAGAUCUGUGAGAUCUCGGCCGCUGCCAACGCCAUCGAGGCCGCGGAUAAGAAGGGCGCAGCCGGACCGGGGCUGGGCGUCAUGGACAACGAGAAUUCGGUGGCCGAGGAUUUCAUGAAGGAGUUGGACUCAGGAGACGUUCCAGAGACCCCAGUGUCCUACGACCAGUUUGGUCCUGCCACACGCAUCCAGAACCCGCUGCGACAGUUGCAUUUGGACCAGGACCAAGCGAUAAAACAACUUCUGGCUGAGGAUGCUGCUCUGGAGGGGACCAAGGAACAGCGGCAGAGGGCGGAAGAGGAGAUGCAGCAGAUGCGUCAGCAGGAGACGGAGGAGAGACUGCGUGCGGAGCAGCGACGCGCCAAACUGGAAGAAGAAAUGGAACUGGAAGAGGAAAGGGAAGAGUUUACAGAUGUCGACUUCGCGGAGAGUUUGAUGUUGCUGGGUGGCAUCUCUUUUGUGAUGACCCUGUUCUACCUGGUGAACGAUGAGGAUCCAGACAUGAGAUUCUACAGUUGGCGGGUCAUCAGCGCCACUCUGUCGAUUUUUUCUGCUGUGUUGAUCUUUAGCGGUAUCAACAAGUUGAUUCAUUUCUACCUGCUGUCACAUGGUACCAGCCCCAGCUUCAAACUGCUCUUUGCGUUCAUCCCCAUGCUGAUCUACUUCUUCCUGCUGCAACUGGGGACAGCCUACCACAGUGCCGCUCUCACAGCGGCACCGGCUGUGAUGGAAGAGAAAGAGUUGGAAGAGACAUGGGGGAAGUUGGAACGCCGCACCAGAUGCUGGGCCACGAUCUUAGCGCACCUCACUGGCUUCGGAUCCAUCCAUUGCGGAACGGCUCCCUGGUGGAACUGCUGGAGACAGGUUCUGCAGCAUAUGCCCUGGCUGCGGGACAGCCCCGGUGCUUCUUUCGUCGCUGCGCCAGCGAUGUUUCUGCUCGCCGCGGUGCUCAACUGGUGCGCGCGGCACGUGCGGGAGAGGGUCACCUCCAAGACCUACCAGCGCCUCCCCGACUCCACCGGCUCCCACGACCAUGACGUCUCCGCCUGGGCCGGAGAGUGGCAGCGCUGGACCUACGACCUGUGGACCGAGAACGUCAUCGACGCGGAGCAUGACUCGGCGGCGCUGGCGGUGUCCUUCUUGCUGGUCCAAUCCUGUCGCUUCGCCUUCAGCGGGCAGCUGGCAGAUGAGAUGACGCCAGGGCAGAAGAAAUCGCAGAGGACCAUCGAAGAGCUGGAGCUGCAGGAGAUCCAGGCAAAGAAGCCAUUCCGUGCAGCACCAACGCCCGGCACCUUGAAAUCCUUCCUGCGACGUUGUUUGGCGCUGCUGCAGUGUCUUGGUGAAGCGGCUAUCCUCUGCGAUGGCAUUCGCAUGGACCUUACUCUUCAGCGCCCGCUGGGAGAUUACGAGGCGAAAAAUGUGGAUGGCCCGCUGUGGUUUAGUGGCUACGUGGGGCCCCCGACGUCGCUGACCUCUCGCAUCAGCCUGGCAUUGGCGAUCUCAUUCUGUGCAGCCCUGAUCAUCAAAAUGUUGGAUUUCGUGAUUGACCUGGAGAGCACCGAAGAAGAUGCUGAUGAAGCUCUAGGUAAUAUUAUCAGUUCAUUGGGAAUUCUGGUGGGUUUCUCCUGGGAGCAGUCCUUCGAUGGAGGCGUGGAAGUGGUGGCAUUGCGGACUUACAGGCCUCUCUGGACAGAAGUUGCCUUGGCAUGUGCUGUGGUGGCCCUCAUUCUCCCGGCCUGGCGAAGACAUAUCCUGGAGAAGGUCAUUGUGGAGGAGAAGAAGAGGGCUCACAAGGAGAGGCGCAGCCGAGAGCUGCGAUAGCGCACAUGACGAUCAUCUGCAAAGAUGUGCAUGAUGUAUAU